UGAAUAGAAAAAGAAAGACUGGGUAGAUGAGGAGCUGCCAGUAGAUAUGACGAGUUGAAGAAGAACAAAGAAAUAGAAGGACGGGGCUCUGCUUCCAUCGAAGCAGGAAAAUUACCUGGGAAGCCACCCAGGAUGAGGGUCGCGCAGGUGGCUCGCGCCGCCGGUUUGAACCGGCUUCGCCUCGCCCAUGCGGGGUUCGCGUGGCCGCGGCGCCUAGCGACCUACACAGCGGCCAAUGGAGCGGCAGUUCCUGUGCCAUCAGGCCAAUCAGUGAGCCCUAGGCGGACCGAACGGAGCUCGGUGCGCUGAUCUUCUGGUUGAAGAAACCAGCUCUGGGGAAGGGUCUCCGGCGCGGGCGGGAGGGCGCCUAUCAGGUUCCGAGCCAGUAGUGGCUCUCAGGUGGCUGCAGAGCCGGAGCCGAGCCACCUAGCCGCGUCAUGGCGCCCACCCUCGCCACUGCCCAUCGGCGCCGCUGGUGGAUGGCCUGCACAGCCGUGUUGGAAAACCUCCUCUUUUCGGCAGUCCUCCUGGGCUGGGGCUCGCUGCUCAUCAUGCUCAAGUCGGAAGGCUUUUACUCCUACCUGUGUACUGAUCCAGGGAAUGUCACCAAUGGAACAGUGGGGGGUACAGCAAAACCAGGACAGGAGGAGGAGGUGACCUUGGUGAAUGGCUGGCUCAGCUGCAAGGCCCAGGAUGAGAUGCUAAACUUGGCCUUCACCGUGGGCUCCUUCCUGCUCAGUGCCAUCACCCUGCCCCUGGGCAUCGUCAUGGACAAGUACGGCCCAAGGAAGCUCAGGUUGCUGGGCAGUGCCUGCUUUGCUGUCUCCUGCUUGCUGAUUGCAUAUGGAGCCAGUCGCCCAGACUCUCUCUCUGUGCUCAUCUUCAUCUCCCUGUCUCUGAACGGCUUUGGUGGGAUGUGUAUGACUUUCACCUCGUUAACCCUGCCCAACAUGUUUGGUGACCUUCGGUCCACGUUUAUUGCCUUGAUGAUUGGGUCCUAUGCCUCCUCAGCAGUCACCUUCCCAGGAAUCAAGGUCAUCUAUGACUUUGGUGUCACCUUCAUCACCAUCCUCGUGGUCUGGGCUGGCUGCUCUGGGCUAGUUUUCCUCAACUGCUUCUUCAACUGGCCUCUGGAGCCUUUCCCAGGGCCAGAGGACAUGGACUACUCGGUGAAGAUCAAGUUCAGUUGGCUGGGCUUUGACCACAAGAUCACAGGGAAGCAGUUCUACAAGCAGGUGACUACGGUGGGGCGCCGCCUCAGUGUGGGUAGCUCCAUGAGGAGUGCCAAGGAGCAGACGGCCCUGCAGGAGGGCCACAAGCUGUGCCUGUCCACCGUCGACCUGGAGGUGAAGUGCCAGCCAGACGCUGCAGCCCCGUCCUUCAUGCAGAGCAUAUUCAGCCCCAUCCUGCUGCUCAGCCUCGUCACCAUGUGCAUCACGCAGCUGCGGCUCAUUUUCUACAUGGGCGCCAUGAACAACAUCCUCAAGUUCCUGGUCAGCGGCGAUCAGGGCAAAGUUAGCCUCUACACCUCCAUCUUUGGUGUGCUCCAGCUGCUCUGCCUGCUGACAGCCCCCAUCAUCGGCUGCAUCAUGGACUGGAGGCUGAAGGAAUGCGAAGAUGCCUCUGAGGAGCCCGAAGAGAAAGACACCAACCAGGGCGAGAAGAAGAAGCGGGACCGGCAGAUCCAGAAGAUCACCAACGCCAUGCGGGCUUUUGCCUUCACAAACGUGCUGCUCGUGGGCUUUGGGGUGACUUGCCUCAUUCCCAACCUGCCCCUCCAGAUCCUCUCCUUCAUCCUGCACACAGUUGUGCGGGGAUUCAUCCACUCUGCCAUUGGGGGCCUGUACGCCGCAGUGUAUCCCUCCACCCAGUUUGGCAGCCUCACAGGACUACAGUCUUUGGUCAGUGCCCUCUUCGCUCUCCUGCAGCAGCCCCUGUUUCUGGCCAUGAUGGGUCCCCUCCAAGGAGAUCCUCUGUGGGUGAAUGUGGGGCUGCUUGUCCUGAGCAUGCUGGGGUUCUGCCUUCCCCUCUACCUCAUCUGGUACCGGCGCCAGCUGGAGAGGCAGCUGCAGCAGAAGAGGGAAAACGACAAGCUUUUCCUCAAGCUCAACGGGUCAUCCAACCAGGAGGCUUUCGUGUAGUGCCCACCACCUCAGAACUGUGGCGUCCUGCCCCUGCUUCAGUGACUCACCAGUGUCCUCCACACACCCCCAGGAACCUCUUCUUCACCGUGUUGGAGUCCAUGCCCCCUCCCAGGGCCUUGGUCCUGCCAUGGAGCUCUGCUGUGGAAGGACAGGAGAGGGCCUGGAUGUGAUUUUUCCUACUGCUGGAAGCAGGGGCCUCCCUGGGCUUUGUCCAGCUACCUUUGAGGGGCUCUGGAGCCUUGAGGCUCCAUGGUGCCUGCAAGAGGAGCCAGGAGGAUCACCGGCAGGCAGGCUCUGUCCCUCAAGCAUCUGGAUUCUGCCUCUUGCCAAAGCAGAGGGGUCUGCCAUUCACUGUCUACCACCUACCCCUCAGCUGCAUGCCCACCAACCACACCUGCCUGAGGACAAAGGCUUGCACUGUCAGCACCCACUCGCCUGGCCCCUCAUCUCCCCUGGUCAGUCUGAGGCUGCCUGAGGAAGGAAGGACCCGCUUCCUGUUGAUGGUGCUAACUCCUUUGUAAUUCCAGCCCCAAAUGGCCUGUCCCUAGCCUGUCCUCUCAUUUAGAGGCCUGUGAGGAAGGACCCUGGCUUACAGCCUGGGGAGGGGAUGGGGGGCUGGAUGGUCAUACUAGGUUCAGGAGCUGGGGACAAAGGCGAUCAGCAGUCCCUAACCUCCUCCCUUAGGACCUAAGUGGAGAGCAGGCAUCCACUGCCACCCUUCAUCCAGUCUGUGACCUGAAGGAAACAAAAGGGACACCAGUAGGGCACACACCCCCAUACACACACAUAUGCACGUGCACACACACACACACACACACACACACACACACACACACACACACACAGCUAUUUUUGUGGGGGUGGAAGUGAGACUGGCUGAUAGACAUGGAAGUCUAGGCCGGAUGGGGAGGUAGGUAUGCGAAGGACCUAGGGCUGUGUGCAUGUGUGGGUGUGUACGUGUGAGAGAGGUGUGUGGGAAGGUGGUAGGGUGUGGGCCCUGGGUGUCUGCACUCAUUCUCCCAGAGCUGCCCAGAGGACUGCCCGGCCUGCAGUAGGGGGAGUGCCCUGGGGCCAGCUUGGCUGGUCCCAAAGCUUGUUGGAGGCUGUGGAGUCACAGUGCCCCCUGCUGGCAGACUCCCCGAGGGCCCUGGCGCUGUUUACAUGGGAGCAGAUCCCCUUCUGCCAGACAGGCCUGAUUUACCAAUCCACCCACCAGGACUUACCCAGAAAUGGGUCUUGGACUUCCUGGGAGCGUGGAGAGGGCUGGGUGGAUUUUUAGGUUUAUGGUUUUGUGUGUGUGGUAGGGGGGUGUUUUAAAUUUUAUCAGACUCCUUUUUAUAAAGCAAUAAGUCCAUUUCCCUCCUGUUAAGAGUUGCCCCUGCUAGCCUAUCAGCUACAGUCUACAUGUGCCUGUUUUGAGCUUGAGGAGAAAAGGCAAGACAAUUAUAAAACUAUACACCUGAAACCCGUAUAAUUUUAUUAACCAAUGGCACCCCAAUAAAUUCAAUUAAAAAUAAAACAAGAAAAGACAAGAGUUUCUGACCCCAGUCCCUCUCGUACCCAGCUGCUGACAGUCUCUCUGGAUGAUUGCCAGCUUGGGAGGGGAAGGGCCAGGAAAAGAGCCCCCAGAGCCCCCAAACAAAUUGGGUUUGUGCCAGCAUCUUUCAAGUAUGGGCCACCCCCUCCUCUGCUGUUCCUCCCAGCCAAACAGGCUGAUCCUGACCCCCUUUUACCCCUGGUCAGAUCUCCUGUCACUGGUCAGCUCUCCUGAAGGUCCCUCCUGAGUUCAAGAUCGCGGGGCGGUUCCAGAAGAGCCUCCUGCUCAAAGAGGCAGCGGCAGAGUGUGGCGGGGGCAGUAGACAGAGCAGGAAGGGACAGGUCUGGGCCCAGAUACCAGCUGUGUGUCUACAGCUGGGCACCUUGAACACGUCGAAUCUCCCUAGGCUUCAGUCCACUCAAACAUUAAAAAACGAGAUUUUGUUUAAAACA